UUGGUACGGUGUGGCUGUCCCGCGUGGUGGACCCAACAUGGCUGAGGUGGGAAAGGAGGUUGCGGGCCUCGGGCUCCUAGGAGAAGUCUCCCAGUGGCCUCUCAAGCGGUACGGCCGCUUCAUGCUCUCGGGUACCGAGGAGUUGCCUGAGCCUAGCCUGGAAGCUGCGACAGCGACAGCGACCGCCCACACAUGGAAGGUUUUUGAGUCUAGUGAAGAAGCUGGGCAACUUGUUCUUACCAUCGUCAUAUCUGGUCACUUCUUCAUUUCCCAAGGACAGACACUCCUGGAAGGGUUUUCGCUCAUUGGUAGCAGGACCUGGUUGAAGAUUGUCAGACGCAUGGACUGUCUCCUGUUUGGAACAACAGUAAAGAACAAGAGCCGCAUGUUUCGAGUACAGUUUAGUGGAGAGCACAAGGAAAAGGCACUGGAGCACUGCUGCAGCUGUGUGCAGACCCUGGCCCAGUAUAUCACCGUAGAGGCUCCUGACAGCGUCACCCAGGAGCUUCAGCAGACUCCAGGCCCACUGUUGGCAGGUGAAAGCCAAGGGAAGGACCGUUCAGGGACUGACCCACAGCAGCAGCAGCCCCACUUGAACCUGGAACAGCAGGUGUGUGUCACAACCAGCACAGGUGCCCUGGAGGGAAGGAUUUCAGUGAUGCAGUUAGCUCAGACUUUCCUGGCAUCGGAGGAGCUGCCCCACAUCUAUGAACAAUCUUCAUGGGGUUCAGAAGAGUUAGGUCCUUUUCUGCGCUUAUGCCUCAUGGAUCAAAACUUCCCAGCAUUUGUGGAAGAGGUAGAAAAGGAACUUAAAAAGCUGAUAGGGUUGAGAAAUUGAAGUCUCUCAUACACAUGUAACUAAGGAACUUCAAAAUACUGAAAAUUUUCCUUCUAAAAUUAAAGAUAUUAGAAUAAAGAGUUUUGUUCCAAGCACCUUUUAUCAAUGUUUUAUUGUUAAAAACAGGUGAAUCCACUUUUUAUACAUCAUUGCACUUCAAUAAUUACACAAAACACAAGAACAUGCAUCUACAGUUAGUACUGCAUGAGAACCUGGUCAGGUUAUAAAAUCUAUUGUCAAUCAUUAAAUCAAUGUGAAAAAUACAGUGUCAAACCAAAAGGUGUAAAUAGAGUUGCAUAGAGUAUCACCAUGCUAUUAACAUUUCAGGUCAUUGAAAACAAAAGGGAAAUUAUAAAAGUUUGCCUUGAUUGAAUGUACAAGAAUAAGGUUCAACACAUCAGUGCAAAAGAUUUCAGAAUUUACAUGAUUUAACAAAAGAAAAAAGUCACUUAAAAAGCAAUCAUACAUAUAUACUGCAAUUCAUUAUAUCCAUUCAAUGGACUGUUCCAACUUCUUAAAGUUAGAGGUUAAGCCCUUAAAAGUAUAGACUUCAGUUUAAAUUACUCAUCUUUAUGUACCAGAACUGCAGUUUCCUCAUCUGACAACAUACAAUAAGGAAUGAGUAUCAGCAGCUUAAAAAUGAAACAAGCGGUUACUUUAUUUUGGAUUUCUCCCACCCCAAAAAAUAUAAAUAUAUAUAUAUAUAUUUAUAUACUGUAUAUAUCUGUAGGUUUUGCUGUACUUUAAAAAAUGUAUCACUAGAUGGCAGCAGUGCAUUUUAGAGCUUUGCCAAUUUAACAG